AUGCUCCCAGUCUCUCUCGUCGCAUCCUGCCUGCUGCCUGCUGCCUCAGCGGCAGCAGCAUCGUUCUCCUCGAGCUCAGAGAAGUCCCCAGCCUUCUUCUUGGCAGGCGACUCGACGACAGCUUCCAACGGCGGAUGGGGCGAUGCCUUCCUCGCGUCUCUUACCCACGAGUCUUGGGGGCUCAACUUUGCUGCCUCGGGCGCAUCAACGGUCUCAUUCAAAGCCGAUGGCUUCUGGACAGACCUCACAUCUCAUGUCAGGGAUAACGCAGACUACUUUGACAUUCUUGUCACCAUUCAGUUUGGCCACAAUGACCAGAAGGAGGCUCUUCACAUCUCGCCCGAGGAGUUCGAGGCCAACCUAGAGUCAAUGGCGUCUGAGAUCCGAAGCCUCGGUGCCUGGCCUAUCGUCAUAUCGCCCCUCACCAGGAGAGUCUUUGAUACUCACGGGUCGGUGGUCCCGUCACUCGAGACUGAGCGCCAGCUGUCCGAACUGGCCGCCUCCAACACGCAGAGCAUAUUCCUCGACCUCAACCAAGCCAGCGCCAACUAUGUCCACUCCAUCGGCGAGAAGGCCAGCCAUGAGUACAACCUGGCCGCCAACGACACGACACAUCUGAACGAGCACGGGGCCGUCGUCUUUGGCCGCAUGGUGGCCGACCUGCUCCUGGAACAGGCGCCCGGCCUGAGAGAGCACGCCAGCGUGCCUCCAUCUAGGGAGCGCAGCAGCAAGGUCAACGACGAGAACGACAAGAACAGCAACGAGAACAAUGGUUGGCUGAUGAAGGGCAUCAACCCCCCAGUCAACACGGUCCCGCCGAAGGACAGCAAUCCCAUGAAGAGGAAGGACAGGAGCAACCACGGCAGCACCAGAAGACCACCGCCGUCGUCCAGGUCCGGAGCAGAGAGAUACGCCUCGACCUCGACCUCGUCUCCUUCCAACGUUGGUGGUGGUGCCAUGGUACCGGGCCGGGCUCGUGAGACGGCCAUCACGAUACCCUCGGACGAGAGCUCGUCAUCGUCGUCAUCGUCGUCCUCGUCCUCGUCCUCCUCGGGCGACGACAGCGAGGACGACGGCUCAUCCGCCGUUUGGAAGCCGGUGCUCGGCAAGCUGAGCAACGCUGGCAAGUCCGCCGUCAAGGAUCUGGCUAAGUCUCCGGUCAGUAAGGCGGUGGCGGCGACGACGCCCGGAUGCACCCCGAUCAAGGAGGAGAAGAGGACGCCUGGUGGCGUCGGGGAGGUCUCCUGUGCCAAGGUCAAGUCUUCUGACGAUGAUGAGUCUCUUGAUGAUGACGUUCGACUUGUUGUUGAUGAGCCGUCUGGGGAGAAGGUGCAAUUUCGUCCCAUAGCGAGAUGCCGGCCUCGGGCUAUGCCUUGCUUCAACUGCGUCCGGGCCGAGAUGAUGGGUGAUGAUGCCAUGAGUCACUGCGAUGGUCAGUCGCGUUGUUUACCGUGCAGGCAGAGCAAUUGCGCAUGCGAGCCGCUCCCCAACGAUCUCAAGCCGGGUGUCGAUCUACUCUGUGAGGCCAUGGCCUCGUCCGACAAGGAACUGAAGGAUGCAGGCUUACCUGUACACGACGAUAAGGCCGUCUCGAGAAUCCGGUGGUUCGUUGACUAUCAGAUAAAGAAUAUGCGCUCUGGCGAACCUAUCAUGGCGGGAAACACCAAGGGGAUGACGGCUGUCGAGACCAAGGAGCAGUUUCUGUCUGCGUGGAAGGCUGUUGGGGAAUACAUCAGCAAGCACAGCUGA